AUGGCUCCGCCACCUGCGGUGCUGGAAGCGGACCACCAGGACGACGACGACGACAUCCCGGAAGGAACCGGGGUAGACCUGAGAGUGGCGGUACUUAGGCUUAAGGCCAGGAAUACCGCCCCAGGACCCGAUGGCUUGCCUGGCAAAGCCUGGGUCCUGGCCCCGGAGGCUCUCGGGCCCCGACUGGAGGGGCUCCUAAGCGCAUGCUUGGAGAGAGGCCAAUUCCCGCUUCGUUGGAAGACGGGGAAGCUGGUCCUCAUUCGGAAGCCGGGGCGCCCUGCGGACUCUCCGUCCGCAUACCGGCCCGUGGUGCUGCUCGAUGAGGUGGGCAAGCUCUUUGAAAGAGUCAUUGCAAACCGCCUCGCCGAGCACCUUGCGGGGACGGGGCCGGAUCUUGCGGAACACCAGUUUGGUUUCCGCAAGAGGCGCUCUACGGUGGACGCCAUCAUGCGCGUAAGAGCCCUCACGACGGGGGAUGCAGUGGCCAGGGGGGGGUUGUUUUGGCGUUGUCUCUCGACAUCGCCAACGCCUUCAACUCCAUGCCCUGGAGCUGCAUUAGGGAGGCACUCCGGUAUCACCGGGUGCCGACCUAUCUCCGUCGUAUAG